AGGGCAAACAAUUACUCGUAUAAGCGAAGAAUAUCUGAUGCAUUGAGCAUCUGCUGGGCUUGCGCUGACAAAAAUCUUUGCUUCUCCAUCCUUAGUUCCUCGCGAAAGGUGUAAUUGGACUUUCCUUAUGAAAGAUCGUCAGUUCACCCAUUCGUAAUUUACAUAGUGACAAUGCAAAGGAGUUUUCUCGACCCCAUAUAGAACCUAUAUCGCCUCUCGGGAUGCCUUUCUGAAGUCCUACAGUAAGAAGAAACAGAUUUUUAUAAUGGCAGCAAUUUACAGUCUCUAUAUCAUCAACAAAUCAGGAGGCCUUAUUUUCUACAAGGAUUACGGAUCAGCUGGAAGAAUGGACACCAAUGAUAGCUUGAGGUUGGCGAGUCUGUGGCAUUCUAUGCACGCCAUCUCUCAGCAACUCUCUCCAAUCAUCGGUUGCUCAGGCAUUGAACUCCUUCAAGCCGACACCUUUGAUCUUCACUGCUUCCAGUCUCUCACUGGGACAAAAAUUUUUGUGGUCUGUGAGCCUGGAACACUGCAUAUGGAACCUCUCUUGAAAUAUAUCUACGAAUUGUAUACCGAUUACGUUUUGAAGAAUCCUUUCUACGAAAUGGAGAUGCCAAUUCGAUGUGAACUCUUCGACAUCAACUUGGCACAGGCAGUACAGAAGGAUCGUGUUGCAUUAUUAGGAAGAUAGAUUUUCUGUGCUUCAUAUAUGGUUUACAAGUUGGCUCCUCUUUACUAACAUUUUGCAGGCUAUGGUAUAUGAAACUGUAAACAAGUUUACUUGUACUCUAUAAUUCGAUACGGUUUUCGUUCUAACUUAGAAAAAUCAUGGUCCCAGAAUUGAGUUUUUAUCUACCGUUGUAUGAAAAUUGAACUUGUGAUUUUCUUUUGAUAGUUUUAGACUUAUGCCACUAAACUAUGGCUGGAAUUCAUUAGCUGUCUCUAUUUUGUCAUUGGUUGCGGAGAUAGAGUACUUAUACUUCUAA